AUGGCUGCGACGAGUCACUCUUGGCCGAACAGCCAGGACGACUACGAACUGUUGGAGGUCAUCGGAGUGGGCGCUACAGCCGUGGUGCACGCCGCUUAUUGCGCCCCAAGGGGGGAAAAGUGCGCCAUCAAGAGGAUCAAUCUAGAAAAGUGGAACACUUCCAUGGACGAACUCUUGAAGGAAAUCCAAGCGAUGUCAAGCUGCAACAACGAGAAUGUGGUGACUUACUACACAAGCUUCGUUGUCAAAGAAGAACUGUGGCUGGUACUACGGCUACUGGAAGGUGGCAGUCUCCUCGAUAUCAUCAAACACAAAAUGAGAAUUUCCAACUGCAAGCACGGAGUGUUCGACGAGGCUACCAUCGCGACCGUUUUAAAAGAAGUCCUGAAAGGCCUCGAGUAUUUCCAUCAGAAUGGACAGAUACAUAGGGAUAUAAAGGCUGGGAAUAUUCUCCUUGGUGACGACGGAAUCGUUCAAAUUGCAGACUUUGGGGUAUCCGCUUGGCUCGCCACCGGCCGAGACCUAUCUCGGCAGAAGGUUCGCCACACAUUUGUCGGCACUCCGUGCUGGAUGGCACCUGAAGUUAUGGAGCAAAACCACGGUUACGACUUCAAAGCUGAUAUUUGGUCUUUCGGCAUCACCGCUAUAGAAAUGGCGACCGGUACAGCUCCGUACCACAAAUAUCCUCCUAUGAAGGUUCUAAUGUUAACGCUACAGAACGACCCGCCCACUUUGGACACCGGGGCAGAGGAGAAGGACCAGUACAAAGCCUACGGGAAAACCUUCAGAAAGAUGAUAUCAGAAUGCCUUCAAAAAGACCCUACCAAACGGCCAUCUUCUACUGAGUUGUUAAAACACUCUUUCUUUAAAAAAGCCAAGGAUCGCAAGUACCUAGUGCAAACUUUAGUGUCGAUCGGUCCUAGCAUGGAAACCAGAGUGCACAAAGCUAGCAAACGUCAACCGGGGACAUCGGGACGGCUGCAUCGCAUGGAGACCGGAGAGUGGGUCUGGGAAAGUGACGAAGACGAUGAAGAAGAGGAAGGUGCUGCCGACAGACCAAUGAAUCAGUUGCUGCGAGCUGACUCAUCCGACAGCGAGAGUGAAGAGGAACCGAGAGCGGGCUUCACCAUCGGAUCCAUCGACACUGAGGACGCACCGCAGAUCAAUCUAGUUCUGCGCAUGCGCAAUGCGAAGAAAGAGUUGAAUGAUAUCCGGUUCGAAUUCGCCGCAGGAAGAGAUUCCGCAGACGGUAUCGCCACAGAGUUAGUGGGCGCGGGUUUGGUCGAAGCGAAAGACUCGCAAGCCAUCGCUACGAAUCUACAGCAGCUGGUAGAUUCCCACUUGUUCCCGUCGGGGUCGAGCCCCAAUUCCCGGUCCCGCACAUUCAAGCUGGAGUCGGCGGACCCCUCGGAGGCAGGGGACGAGACGGGUCUAGUGGGCUUUGCACAGAUUUCCAUCGUGGACUAGUCUGUCCCGGAUCCCGGACAAUAAUAUUACUAGAACCGGCACCUAGCCGCUAUUUUAAUCCGUAGUAUAGUAGUUAUAUCAGGGCUGGCAAGCGUUUGUCGAAGUGAAAUUGCAUUGUGUAAGUAAAAUAAUUAUUUUCGCAAAUGAUAUGAAAUGAAAAAAAUAUGUCUCAGCAUUGAGCUGAAGAAGAAAUGUUUUAUAAUAAUUUGUGUUUCUAUAAUUUAUAUGAAUAAUGAAUAUAAAUACAUAUCCAAGGAAUCUAUUAUUUUAGAACACGCGUUGCAAUUCCAAUGUAAUAAUUGCAGGCCAGCUCCUAUACACUAUUAUUAUGUUACGUUUAGGUACAUACCUAUAUAUUUUAUGGGUGGAUAUGGAAUUUUCUUAGUUUAAUGGUUUAAGCUCAAGUGGAUGUAUAAUUUUACAUGACGAUAGGCCGAAUCUGAAUUUUUAUGUAUUUUUAAAUAUGUUCGCGUCGCGUUAAUUCCCUGCAUUACUUAUUUAGCACUACAAUUCGCACAGGGAUCUCAUACCUCAUAAAAGUAAAAAAGCUUCAAGUAACUAUAGUCUUUCAUAAUGAAAAUUUAUUCUUACAUCGUAAUUUUUAAUAAUGGACAGAAUUUCAUAAAGUAGUAUUUUUUGCGAAUUUCAAUGAAUUUGAUAAAUUCAUAUUCUGAUUCAAAGUAUACAAAACAUAUGGAAUUUAACGGAACAUACAAUAAAAGAUGUCAUUGAAUCUAUAAUUAUUUUGGACAUCUUAUUAAUAUAAUAUAUCUUUCAAUGAUCGUAUGAUAGAUAGGUGUUGCGUCGGCUUCGCGCGGUCUGACGUCAGUAUACCGAUGUCCGCGAUAUGACAUAUUACGAUAGUGUAUAGUCAACAUUCAUCGGUAUACAGAUCACUAUUUUUGUUUAAACUUGCUUUCUAUGAAGGAAAAAUACCUUGGAAAACUUUUCCAUGUAGCUCGUUAUUACUUUCGAAUCUUUUACUAUUUAUUUUCGUAUACCUAUGUAAUUUUAAGCUAAGAUGUAUUAUCAAUUUAGACUUGUGACGAGCAUAAAAAAUUGAAUAAAUACAACUAGCUUGAGCUCGCGACUUCGUACGGACGUAAAUUCAUAUCCAUUAUGUGUGAGUAAAUCAAUCUUCAGUCCUGUGCCCUUUAUAUCAGACGCUAAAUAAAUCUAUGCCCUUUCUGUUAUCUAAUAUUAUUCCGAUUUUUGGGAUUUCAGCUACUUUUUAGACUACUCUUUCAUACUAGAAAUUCUGUAUACAAAUGAAUGUUAUUUAUCAGUUUAUCAGAGUGCCAUACAGUGGACCAGCGACGCCGACCGCAGUGUCCAGCAGACUCCACAAAUUAUUCUUAUGUUGUUAUUGUUUGUUGCUUAUUUUGGAAGGAUUUUUUUAAAUUAAUAAAAUAUGAAAUUUA